AACGACAAAUACUUGGUAUAAGGAACGUGUUUAGUGCCUUCAGAAUAAUUUUAGGAAAAGAAAGACUUUUGGUUUAGUGUUGCAUCUGGUUUAACUUCUAACAUUAAAUAAAACCAAACAAAGCCUCUAUAUUAUAUAGCAUAUGCAUAGUUGCAUACCAACUCCUCAUUAGUUGUAGCUGCAAUGGAGAUGAGUCCGUGCACUAGUUCUGUAUUGUUUUGGCUUCAAAGUUGAGAUCAUACUUCCAUUUCAUUUAAGCGUUUAAUGCGUGUAUAUGUUCGGAUAUCAGUUGAGUGCAACGUGAACGGACUUUUAUCCAAUACAUAAGAGUUUCGUUCCAUUUUUGUCUCUAAGUGAGUGCUAAUAUCCGUUUGCAGUACUAACUGAACAUUUCAGAUUUUGAGUACACUGCUGAAAUUGGAUCAAAAUGAGGACAAUGAUCACAAGCUUAAAAAUUAGAAGCUACUGACACCUAUUGUCCAACAAAUACAGCAAUCAGAAUUUUUUUGAAGUUUUUGUAUCAGAAAAACAUUUUGGUGCUAUUUAGAAUACAUUCAGUGAGCCAGAUACUUACCAAUGCAAACAUCUCUGAAACAUAAAAUGCCAUAUGGCUCCAGCAGGUUCAGCAUUGAGCCUGAGCAAAAUCUGGAGUCAUUUUUCUUCUUGCCAAAUGAGAACCUAGACAACUACUCAUCCUCUGGUAACAGUGUUCUUUUUUAUGAUUUAGAACAAUAUUGGACCCCUGAAUCUUCAAUAAAUAACAGUUUUCCUGGUCAAAAUUCUCCAUCUACUGUCAUUUUUUCACCUGAAAAUAGCCCAGUCUCAAAGCUGAAUUCCAAAUCUGAUGUGUUGAGGUCAGAGCAUUCUCUUGAAAUUAUUAACGAUUCGCUAGAGAAUGACUCUUGUGUGACACACAACCACAAUGAACUUAGUCUCAAGAUAAGAGAGCUUGAAAUUGCUAUGCUAGGACAUGAUGCAGAUGUUCUGGACAUAUAUGAUAGUGUGAUUCCAGAAGAGUAUGAUUCAUCAUUUAUGUUAGAGGCAGAGAAUUUGAAGACAAUGAUGGAGAUGGUAGCUAGAGGGGACUUGAAAGAGAUGCUUUGCACUUGUGCAAAAGCCAUGGAAAGGAAUGAUGUGGAGACAACCGAAUGGCUGAUGUCAGAGUUGCGCGAAAUGGUGUCGGUUACCGGCGAUCCGAUCCAACGGCUCGGAGCAUACAUGUUGGAGGCUCUUGUUGCAAGGAUUUCCUCCUCUGGAAGCACAAUCUACAAGGCCUUGAAGUGUAAAGAGCCUAGUGGUAGUGAACUCCUUUCAUACAUGCAUGUACUUUAUGAAAUAUGCCCUUACCUCAAAUUUGGGUACAUGUCAGCAAAUGGUGUAAUUGCAGAAGCUUUGAAUGAUGAAAGUAAAGUACACAUCAUUGAUUUUCAAAUUAACCAGGGAAUUCAAUGGCAAAGCCUAAUCCAAGCUCUUGCUGAAAGACCUGGAGGACCACCAAAGAUUAGAAUAACAGGUGUUGAUGACUCCACUUCAGCUUAUGCAAGAGGAGGAGGGCUUGAUAUCAUUGGAGAAAGAUUAAACAAAAUUGCAAAGUCUUGUAAUGUUCCAUUUGAGUUCCAUGCUAUAGGAACUUCUCCUUCUGAGGUGCAACUUCAAGACCUUGAAAUUAGACCGGAGGAAGCUAUUGCUGUGAAUUUUGCCAUGAUGCUGCACCAUGUGCCAGAUGAAAGUGUAGACACUCAGAAUCAAGGAUGGAGCCAGAAUCACCGCAACCGGUUGUUGAGAUUGGCAAAGUGCUUGUCUCCUAAGGUAGUGACACUGGUUGAGCAAGAAUCAAACACCAAUAACCUCCCAUUCUUGCCGCGUUUCGUCGAGACAAUGAACUACUACUUGGCAGUUUUUGAGUCAAUUGAUGCCGCUCUUCCAAGGGAGCAUAAAGAAAGGAUCAAUGUGGAACAACAUUGCUUGGCACGAGAAGUUGUCAACUUAGUGGCAUGUGAAGGAGCAGAAAGAGUGGAACGCCAUGAGCUUCUGAAGAAGUGGAGAUCACGUUUCGAAAUGGCUGGAUUCACACCAUAUCCAUUGAGCUCCUUUAUUAAUUGUUCAAUAAAGAAUCUUCAGGAAAGCUACCAAGGACAUUACACUCUAGAAGAGAGAGAUGGUGCUCUAUGUCUAGGGUGGAGGAAUCAUGUUCUUGUUUCCUCUUGUGCUUGGAGAUGACAAUCCAAUGACAACAACAAAACAGCAACAACAACACAGGUUUUAUCCCACUAAGUGUGAUCAGCUGUAUGAAUCACUUGAUCCAUAUUAAAGAUACAACCAGUUUUACGCUGCCGCAGGCCUAACACACAUUCCUCCUUCACUAAGGCUUAGUUGUCAUUGCAGGCUUUUAGUUAGUUUAUGUAUCAUAAUUAUAUCUCGUUCCCCAAAAUUCAUCAUGUCAUACUCAAAUUACUCUCUAAUUUGUCACAGAGCAUAUUAAGUUUUAUUUCAUAAUGUCAAUACAAGAAGGACUAUCUAUUCUGAA